UACCUUGCGCUCCGCCCAGGCCUGGGCGAGCUCCGCGGCCCGCAGCAUCUCGGAAGCAGUUUGCAUUUGUGCUACUUUGAGUGCUUUCCUAGAAAAAUGAAAAAGCAGGGUCAAAAACACUCCUUGUGAAAGAGACUAAAAGGUAAAAUUGUAUUUACAGCUAACCUCGUAUAUUUAUACCGCGCCACUGUUGAUGCUCCCGGGAUCCUUCUGUCCUUAUAGCAGAAGACUGACCAAUAGGCAAAUAAGAAUUGUGACAUUUAAAACCACAGACUAUACAGCACUACUACCAAGCCGGAUCAAAUAUGAAUUGGAAUGCAAAACCAGAGAAUGCUGCCCAAAACUCACCAUAUUCUAAAAGUCAGUCGUCUCUUUUGCAGCAGUUCUUACUGCCUUCCACAACUUCUCAAAGUUCUUUCAGCUGCCUCCCACAAAACCAAGAACCAUGCAUGUAUCCCACUAAUUCAAAUUCAGUUUCACAGCCACUUCUGAACGUCAGGAGUUACAUAACUCCUCAGCUCUCUAUUUCUAAUAUGCAUAAUAGGACAAUUGUGGCCUCACAGACUUCAGUAGAAAGAGUCACAAGUACAAAUGUUAAAGGAGCCCAACAACCAAACCACAGUUUGCAAACAGUGUCUUCAGGAGUUGUACAAAAUGUCUGGAUGAACUCAACAAUGAGGAAUUUUAUACCUUCUCAUACAGAGGCAGCCAUAUCCCAUAAACCUGACGGAGGGUCUAAUAUGCCUUAUAUGCAUGCACCACAGAGUCAGAUUGUCACAUCAGAUAACUACUCUGUGCAACUACAAAUGACUCCUUCAAAUUCUGUAAGAGUUCCUAUAAAUUGCCAAGGAAAUUAUCAAGGAAAUCAGGGACUAAACCACUCGAUACCAGAUCAGCUUGUUGGCUGGACACAGUGCACACCCAGUGAACCUACUUACCCAGAUUACAGGCCUCCUCCAAAGCAAUAUCCUUGUUUACCACAAAACUUUGUGCAAGACCCUUCUGUUCAGAAACAAAACUUUGUGUCAUCUAUGUCAUUGCAAGCUAGAAACAAUCAGCUUGCAUCCUCUACACAGACUUUACAGUCAAAGCAUCCUGUACCUGUGUCAAUUCAGUAUGCUGCAGAAACCAGCAAAAGGCUUCUUCCCCCCCCUUACAGCUGUAGAUAUGGAGGCCAAAACAUGCAAAAUUCUCAGCCUGUUUCUAGACACUUGUCUGUGGAAAUUCCUCAGAGUUCAGAAAUGCACUCAUCUGAAAAAAAGAAAGAUACUUACAAAGGCUUUCAACAGCAGUGGCAGAACAUUAAUGAAAAUCCUAGCACUAUUGGAAAAUUCUGUGAGUUGAAAAUAAAUACAAGACAAUCUUAUAAUGACUCUGCUAGCUCUUCUGGGGAUGGUGUUCAGACUCUUGUUCAAAAUAAUCAAGAGGAAAGAAAGUAUCCCUGCAAUCCAAGUACCAAUCAAGUUCUAGACACAAAUGCUACAAAAGAAAAGCUGGUGAGGGAUAUUAAAUCGCUAGUAGAAAUCAAAAAGAAGUUUUCAGAACUUGCAAGAAAAAUUAAAAUCAAUAAAGAUCUUUUGAUGGCAGCUGGUUGUAGUAAAACAGCCAAUACUAAUUACACUGAACCAACUCAGCAUUCUGAAUUUUCAACAAAAGAAAUGUCUGCUAAACGUAGCAGUCCCUACUCAAUGGAAUUGCUAGCAACAUGUCUUUCUCUUUGGAAAAAUCAACCUCCAAAAACCACAGAAGAAAGCGUUCCAAAGCCUUUAGAAGAAAAACAGCGUAUUGUAUCAAGAACCAGUACAACAGCAGUUGGCAGUUCAAAUCCCACGAAUGAAGUUCAUGUUAAGAAUUUUUGUUCAGAUGUUAGAAGUUCUCAGAAAAUGUCCAGUUCAUCACAAACAGUCUUGUCAGUUCUCACACAAAGUUAUGAGUCUCCAGAUGUAACUGUUGGAAAAGGAACAGAGCUUCAGAUUGCUGUAGUUUCACCCUUAAUUCUUUCGAAUAUCAAAACGGCACCUGGGAAAGAGUUAGCACCUGAAGUGGCUGAAACUGUGUAUCCAGUUGUUAAAGAAGGCAGUGUUUGUAGCUUACAAGACCAGCAAGCAGAAAAUACAACAGUAGCUGUUGCUUUGCCCUUUGAUGCUACGGGAGGAGUAACAAAUACUAUAUCAGCCGAGCUUUCCCUGCCUAUGCUCAAGGAAAAGCAGCACAAUCCAACACAGGCUGAUCUAGACAUAGCUGAUAGCAGCCUGGGAAAACACUCUACCCUGUGCACUGAAGCUUUGCCUAACCCUAAGGACAGCACCGUUGUGAGUGGGCCCAUGUUACAGAUCGAAAGUAUCUGUUCUCUUGCAGAAGGUGAUGUAUCUUACAAUUCCCAGAUAGCAGAGAUAUUCAACUCUGUAAAAAAUGAGCCCCAGAAACCUUCAUCAAAUCAGCAGAUAAUUAAUAGUCAGCAAGAAGAACAAGUAGAUGACACCACUGAAAAUAAAAACUUUGAUUUUAAGAAAGAUAAGUGUGUGCAGUGUACAGAUGUUCCUCAUGAAGUCUCUGCGCAGCCAGUGCUGCUGCAGCCUUUAGAGCCAGCAUCUAGUGAGGAUUUUGAAGCAAACAAAGAAAUUCUAGAGGAGAGCAAUAAGAAUACUGGCGUAAAAGGAACAAUUAAGGAUGUGUGUUCACCAGCUGCUAUUCAGCAGGAUCCUCAUCAGGAAACUGAUACGGUCAGCAUUAAGUCAAGCCACAAUCUAACUGCAAUAAAUGAGGUUAAUGAUGAAAAUGAACCUGUCUCGUACCUACAUGACCAACUGUCAGAACUUCUAAAAGAGUUUCCUUAUGGCAUUGAAACUGUUAGCAGACAUGAAGUUUCUGUGGGCCAACGAAAGAUACAUGAAGUCUCAGAAAAUCAAACUGAUCAUAAAACUGGUAAUAUGUCUGUGGAUAGCACAGACCAAAUAAAAAUUACGGUAUUAAACUCAGACCAAAUCAAAGAAUUAUUUCCUGAAGAAGAUCAACCCUGUGACUUAGACACAUUGGCAGUACCUGAGAAUAGAAAAGUCAUUGCAGAAGAGAAUAGAAAAGUCAUUGCAGAAGUAAAGAGCCCUUGUGACUCACAGGUCCCCAGAGAAGAAAGUCAUGACCCUGAAAUGUUGGACGUGGAGAAAGACAAAAUCCAUUGCUGUGCUUUGGGUUGGCUCUCAAUGGUUUAUGAAGGUGUGCCACAGUGUCAUUGCAGAUCCAUAAAUGAGAAAGAGAAAGACCAAUGUUCUUUGGAGGACGACAGCUGCAAACAAGGAGAGCAGUCCUGCAAUAGUGGAAUCACUAUUUUUGAAAUCAAUCCUAUUUCUAAUAACCCAAAAAGUCCUUUGAUCCAAGCAGCCGACAAAGGCAACUUUUCUGAAAUACACGGUGAAAAGAUAAAAACACCCCAAACAAAAGAUGGCAGCUUACCAAAGGUGGAAAAGGAAUUAACUGAUCAUGUUUCAGUGAAAUGUUACAAAAAAGAUAAGGACAAAUGUAAAACAAAGCAGGAUAGCUCACUGAAAAUGGAGCAAAAAUUAAAAAAUGUUUCAUCUAAAUGUGACAGACUAAAUCCCUUAAAAAGAAAUAAAAUAACCACAGAAAUAUAUCAAGUGACAACUUCCAACUCUGAUAAAAAUACGCCAACAUUUUCUAAACAAGCUUUUCAGGAAAGCAUACAGAAAAAACACUUAUCCCAAGACUCUGGUCCAGUAAAAGCGCAUGUAGAACUUCUGCCAAAUAAAGAUCCAUGCAGGAGGAAUAACUUUUUGGUGCAGUCAGUGUCACCAGAAAAGAAAAAAUUAAAAUUUAAAGCAGGUUCCUCCAGACUGAAGUAUUUUGAAAAAAGAAAAAUAGACCAUGUACUUAUCCCAGAUAUGGAAAUAAAAAAGAAGAAAUAUGAAAAACAAGAGGAGAACAAAAAUGGUGGAGCCAGAACUCUGACAGAACCAAAUGAAAGAGCCAGUGUUAAAGAAAAGACUGUGCCAGAUUCUGAGUCGUCACACUCAAAGGCCAGCUCCUCUAAGAGUACUAGAGUCAUAACGGUACAAGAAUAUUUACAGCGACAGAAAGACAAACAUUCGGGGAGUAACGCCUCCAAAAACAGAGAAAAUAUGCCGUGUGACUCUGAACACAUGAAGUCCAGUAAGCAGUCUGCAUCACCCAGCUGGGGAAAAUUAAUUGAGGGGCAGGAUGUCAGUGCAGAGACCUCAAAAGAACCAGAACAUAAUCCUACCAGCCAUGGCAAAAAUCUCAAGUUCCACCAUUCUGAGGAGUCUAGGAUGUACAAUGUGUCAAGAAAUAGUAGUGGAAAACUUGACAGGAAACAGCUGGACAAAGCCUAUAUUGAUAAAACCAAAUUAGAAAGAUUGACCAGUAUGAGUAAUAAGUCCAGUGAGAUACCUCUCCAGGUAAAGGAACAAAGGAAACAGUAUCUGAAUCGAGUUGCAUUUAAAUGCACAGAACGGGAAAGCAUUUGUCUCACCAAAUUGGACAGUGCCUCCAAGAAACUUAAUAAGGAGAAGAGUAGGGUAUCUACAUCCACGGCAAAUGAUGACACAGACAAGCCUAGUAUGUUGGAGUUUAAAUUGUGUCCAGAUGUGCUGUUGAAGAAUACAGGCUCUGCUGACAUGCAAGAUGACCCAAGGCCUGGACCUGGGAAGGAACAAGCACCUGUGCAAGUUUCAGGAAUAAAAUCUACAAAAGAAGACUGGUUAAAAUGUAUCCCUGCAAGGACAAAGAUACCUGAAUCAAGUCAAGAAAUAGAUCGUGCUGAUUCAAGACUCCCUAAGAGAAGCUUCAGUGCCGAUGAAUUUGAAACACUACAAAACCCAGUAAAAGACUCAGAUGUCAUGUUCCGUACCUACAAAAAGAUGUACCUGGAGAAGAGAAGCAGAAGCCUUGGAAGCAGUCCAGUGAAGUAGUCACAGGAUGUAGUGGUUUUUUUUUUCUAUCACCAGGAAAUCUCUAACUUUUUCUUUUCAGGCUCCCUUGCUGGAAAUAACUCAGGACUUUUCACAUUUGGAUUUCUCAGCCAAGGAGUUCAGUUACAGCUUUUGGUAUGUUUUUCAUUGAUACUGUGUGACUAAAAUGUUGGUUUAGCUGCUGGUUAAGCAGGCUAAGAAAUAGAUUGCAUUUGUCUAGGAACUGCAAACUGUGUGAUCUACGCUAUUGAACCUUGUUUACUGUUUUAAGUCUUAUUGGCACAGUGGUGCACACCUGCGAUGUUUUAUUUGGCAGAUGGAGACACAAGGAUCAGUAAGUGGUCACCCUCAGCAGCAUAGUCCAUUAAGCCAGUUUAGGCUACAUGAGAGACCCUCUCUCAAAAACAAACAAACAAAAAACAACCAUGAAGGUGACUUACAACAGGUCUUACUUUGAAAUGCUGUCAUUCUGAUGUAACUAUUCAUUAGCUGAGACUUUGGCUGGGGUUGUAAAUACAUUUUUGUUUUUAAGCACAUUAGCAAAACUUAUUUUUCAGAAAAUGCCCACUGUGAAUGUCAAAGUAUAUUCCUAAGUAUUUUGUACCUUAUUGUAAAGGUUUUUUUAGAAGUUUUGUUUUAUACUUUUGUUAAACUGAAUGGAGUUUUUGGAAGAUGUCUUGACAUUACUUUUCAUACUUGAAAUAAACAUUUAUUUUUUAAAGAA